GACGAGAGGUUGUUGAUUUUUUUUUACGUCCGGAGUGGCGUCAAUUUCGCGUUAUCUACGAUUUUCAUAAACAAAAUGCCGUUUACCUGCUUAUAGUGGAUUAAAUUCGUUUUAAUUUAACCGAUAUCUCGCCAAGGCCUAUUGUUAAAUGGGAUAUAAAACACCAUGGACGGCGAGAAAGCGGCUGACAACGAAAAGGAGUUAACCUCAACAAGCUGCGGUUCUGAAUCUCCCAAGCCUCUGUCAACAAAUAAAGAGGAAAAAAGAGACUCUAGCGAUACUUUACCCACGUCGUCGACCGAUGCCCGUACAUUUAAUAAAUUAAAUUCAUCAGUAUCUGAUGACCCAAUUAGUAGCACAUCAGAAAUGAAUCCUUCUGAGCCAAAACCCGACAAAAAAAACGCCGACGAACUCGACAAAGUUUCUGUAUCUUACGAUAGCGAAGCAGAAUUGAUGCUGAUGUCCAUGACCCAAUCUGAAAAAGUGGAGGAGAACGUCGAUGAUUUAGUAAACGACUUAGAAACUCUACUGGGAGAGACUGCACCUCCUUUUAAUUUACCUGGUAAAUCUGAGGAAAAAAGCACAGAAAAAGUGUCGUUAGAAGAAUUCGAGGAUUUCUUGGAGGAAAAGGCCGAUAAUGAGGUGUCUAGCUUAACAGAGGCAACCGAAAACACUGAUGAAGUUAAAGAAGACAAAACUCCUGAGAACGCUUCAAAAAUUAAUGAUAGUUCUGAGACUGAACCAUUAACUGAGCACCUUGAGUCCAAAGUUGAGAAAGAAAUAGUAGAGACUGCAAAAAGCACUUUAUCACAAGAUACUGAAGUGACUGAGUGUACUCAAAAAGAAUCUGAAUUGGGUAAUGAAAAUGACCAGACAACUGAAGCUUUGCAGGAAAGUGAAAAAGAGAAUUCUUCAGAUACAGGAGAUGAAACUAAAGAUGAUCAAGUCAAUGUUCAAAUAAUUCAAAGCCCUAUACAAACUGUGCAAGAAGAGGCAAGCAAAGAAGCUGGCGAAAGUUUAACACAAACUGAAGAGGAAGGUGCUAAAGAUUCAGCUGAAAUAGAUAAGCAGACUGAAAGUGCUGAAGAACCUACAGCAAGUAAUGAGGCAGCUAAACCCGAUGCUCCUGAAAUCGAGGAAAAUGAAGGGACAACAGUCAAUGACGAAGCAAAAAUUGAGGAUAUUUCUGUUAAUGAGCAAACUGAAAGUUGCGAACCAGAAAAACAAUGUGGUGCAGACUCCAUAGAACCUCAAGAAGAAAACAAAGAGUUAACAGAAGAGAUAGUGGAGAAGCCAACUGUUGCUGAAGAAUCUGUUGAAUCUAGUGUAAUGUGUAAACCUGAAACAGAAAGCGAAUGCACUACUUCUGGGUCUGUAAGUAAUAUUGUUGAAACUGCUGAAUGUGAAGAUGUUGCAGAUAUUCAGUCUAAUGAACAAACUGGGAAAGAUUCUCAGGGCUUAGGUAAAGAAAUGCCCAAUGAACCGUCUGAAAGCACAAACCUAGGUGGCGCUUCUACUUCUAUUGGAGGUGAAAACAUGCAAACUCUAGAAGUUGAUGAACAGCCAGAAAGUCAGCUGGACUCAGAUGAAAAUAAGGAAAAAGAUACUCAAAAAAGUCCUUCAAAUGAUCCAACUGACUCAAAAGGCUUGGAGGAAUUAGAUGAAAUUAAGGAAAAAGAUACUCCAAAAAGUCCUUCAAAUGAUCCAGUUGAUUCAAAAGACUUGGAGGAAUUAAAUGAAAAUAAGGAAGAAGAUAUUCAAAACAGUUUUCCAAAUGAUCCAGCUGACUCAAAAGACUUAGAGGAAUCAGAUGAAAAUAAGGAAAAAGAUCCUCAAAAAAGUCCUUCAAGUGAUCUAGCUGACUCAGAAGACUUGGAGGCAUCAGAUUUACAAGAUGUUCUUCAAGAAUCGGAAGGUCAAAGCAAACUAGACGAAUCAGAUGUUCCUAUGGAAGCUUCUCCACUAGUUCAAGAUACUUCUAUAGAAGUUAUGUCUCAGGAUAGUAAUUUGGAAGAUCAAAAUAAAAUUGAAAACGUCUCAGUGGCCCAAGAAGAUCAAGUUAAGUUGACAGAAGAAGAAGACUCUAAAAGAUUAGAGGAGGAGAAAUUUGAAUUCCAGAGCUGUGACAAAGAGAUCCCAGAAGUAACUGAGCCAGAGACAACAGUAUGCAAAGAAAAGGAUAAAGAAGAUGAAUCCGUAGAGAAAAAUGAACUGGACAAACAAUCACUUGUAACUGAAACUGUUCCUGAACAAAUAAGUGAGCCUACAACCAGUGCAGUUUCUGAAAUAAAAGAUUCUAGUAAUGAUAAAUUUACUACUGAAACUCUGCCUGCAACAACAGAUGAUAAAAUGAGUGAAGUUGAACCACCAGAGAAAAAUACCGACGAACCUGCUGAAAUUGAUGAAUCUAAUAAAGCAUCUGAAAUAGAAGCAGUUAGUGAAAAAAUAAGUGAACCUACGACCAACGAAUCGCUAGAAAAAGAAGUUUCUACUAACGAAGAAUGUGCAGCUGAAACAGCAAGUGAAGAAAUCAGUGAACCUAAGAUCAAGGAAUGUGUUAAAAAGGAAGAAUCUGAUAAAUGUGAAUCUUCAGAAAUUAAAGAGUCUAGUCUCGAAGAGCCUGUGACAGAAGUUGUUUCUGAAGCAAUAGGGGCCAAUGAAUCUGUGGAAAUGGAGGUAGUUAACGAAGAAUCUUGUUUAGAACCUGUUUCUGAAACAGCAGGGGAACUUGCCAGUGAAAUAAAGAUAACUAAAGAUGAAGCGACAAGUGAACAAAUAAGUGAAAUGAUCACCGGUAACCCUGUAGAAACAGAGGAUAGUGAUAAACUAACUAUUAUUAUUGAAAGUACUUCUACAGAAGCAGAUGAAAAUAUUCCCGAGACGAGCCAAUCAGUAGAGAUAAAACAAGUUGAAAACAUUGAAUCGGUAAUUGAAACUACUUCUGAAGUUGAACGUGUUAUCUGUGAGGAGAGUGCGGAUAAUAAAAUCCAAGAUAUAUGCGAUCCAACUCAAGUUGAAGGAGUUUCUGAGGCGGUCGUACCCUCUGGAAGUUCAGAAGUCAUGAAGGCAAAUCCUGUGAGUGAUGUAUCAGAAGGACCAUCUAACAAUAAGGAAGUUGAGGAAGUUACCCAAGAUGUUUUGCCAGAAAGUGAGAAUGAAGUGGCUGUUAAAGAAGGUGCAGACGUUCAGUCUUCAGAAGACAAUGAAGAAAUAAAUAAUGAUAAGGACUUGGAGCGUGUUACUGAAGAGUCACAAGACGUUGUGUCCAUUGACGCAGAAACAAAAGUUGCAAGUGCUAAACCUGACCAGAACAUUCUGGCAGCCGAUACGACUGAGUCUACACAUAAAAAAGCAAGUGAACCUGUAGUAUUGACUCCAGAAUGCGACUCUCAUUCCAUAGAGGAAAUUGAUAAGAAAACAGAAAAUACUUGUGAAAUAGCACAUGAAAAAGUAAUUGAAGAAGAUGCUCUAAUGACUUCAGAAGUGGAAAAACCUGAACCAGAAAAAGAAACUAUCGCUGAGGGAUCUACAUCAGAGAAAAUUACUGAUAAAUCUGACGCCCUUGAGGUGCAAAGCUCUCAAAAAGUAGAAGAAGAAGAAAUGGCAGAACUUCAAUUGUCAGAGGACGAAGACACUGCAACCGAUAAAGAAAGGUCGGAGAUAAUCAAUCCUGUGCCUGAGAUAAACAUCCGAAGAAAAACCGUUGAACAAGACCUGGAAAAAGUCGUUUGUCUAAGUGAAGAAUCUUCUGAUGCCGACUCUAUUCCACCUGCAACAAUUCCUACUGAAGAGGAACCCCCUUUCAAUGAAGAAGCUGAUCUUAUAACAAUAGCUAAAGAAGUGGAACAACUUGAGGAGCUUCCCAAAGACGCGGACGUUGAACCGAUUCAAAAUGAGCCUGCGCCAGUGGAAUCGUCCAACUUGGAAACUAUAAUGGCAGUAGCAUCCCUGCAACAAGAAACUGUCCCUAGCGUAAGCUCAGAAAGACGAUUAAGUGAAAAAGAAAUGAGAGAAAUGGAGGCGAUACGUAUGGCCGUUGCGAGUAUCACCGAUAGUUCCCAAGAUACUUACGACAACUAUAUGGAGGAUAACUCGUUGUUGAUUGACGGGGUCCAAGGAUCGGACAGUGUUGUGCCAGGAGAGGAAUCGACUUUAGUAGUUAAUGAUAAAAUGGCAAUUGAAAUGGAAGCGACAGAAACAGAGGUUUAUGACGACACACCGAGUGAAGUUCAGGAGGAAGUGAAGAUUGACGCUAAAGAAGAGACAAAAGAAGUUAAGGAGGGAACAAGUACAGAAGUAAAUGAAGAGAUAGCAGCUGACGUUAGAGAAGAGGUAAAGGAAGUUGAGGAAAUGGCGACAGAAGUUAAGGAGGGCCUGACUACAGAAGUUAAUAAAGAAAUAGCAGCUGACGUUAGAGAAGAGGUAAAAGAAGUUGAGGAAAUGGCGACAGAAGUUAAGAAGAGCCUGACUACAGCAGUAAAUGAAGAAAUAGCAGCUGACGUUAGAGAAGAGGUAAAGGUAGUUGAGGAAAUGACAACAGAAGUUAAGGAGGACCUGACUACAGAAAUUAAUGAAGAAGUAGCAGCUGAAGUUAGAGAAGAGCUGAAAGAAGUUAAAGAAGAGACGACUACAGCAGUAGAAAUUCCUUCAGUAUUAGAAGAAGACAAUCCACAUGAAAUUAAGCAUAAGACUGACGACUUACCUUUAAGUACUAGUCCAGAAAUUAAUGAGGUAGUUGAAACUGUAGGUGAAAAUCUUGAAAUCAUUCCGAAAAGCAGCGAAUUGGCCAAUAUCGCUGAUAAAACCGUGCCUAAUAAAAUUAAUGAAAAAGAUUCCAAAAAUGUUUUUGAAGAAACUGCGACGAAAGAUGCAGAAUCGUUAAGCGAGCAAGAGACAGAAAGCGCCAAACAAAAUGAAAUUGUUCUGAACGAUAGUCAAAGACCUGCGGAACCUGAACUUCCUAAAGCAGUGGAAGCAGAGGUUACGUCAGAAGUAAAGAAAUCGGAAGCUGAAUCCGAUGAUUCGAAACAAGAAGUGAAAAUUGCAAAAUGCGAUGAAGGCCUACAGAAAGAACAGUCUGUCGGCUCAAAGCAAGUGCUAGAAAUAAACUCAAAAGCCACUACAUCUACAGAAGAUAAAAUAAAUGCAGAAGUAGUAACAGAAGUAACAAAAAACAAAGCUAUUGAAGCUUCUAAGGCUAAAAAAGAAGUUCAAUCCAAUAAAAAUGUUAAAGAACCAGAAGUAGAGAAAGGUAUUGUCCAAGAACCGGUGAUCGCGAAUGAUAAAAUAAAAGUGAGCGUUAAGGAGAAGGUUACGGAAGUGAAGAAAUCCUGUAGCAAGCCUCAGUUGUCUAAAAAAGAAGAGGAGGUGUGUAAUAGUGUCAAAAACAUAGAGAAAGCAGAAGUUCCUGAAGAUGGCCAGGGAGUGUCUCAGGACGCUAAGGAGGAGAAAGUUACAAAUGCCGAGAAAGUGGAGGAAGGAAAACCUUUACGGGGUCGACUAAGGCGUGGUGGAACCGGUAAAGUCAGCGAACCUCUUAGCAUCUCCGUAGACGAAACCGAAAAAGAAAAAGUGUACAGUCCAAAAAUCACUAUUAAACCUGUUAAGGCACUAGAUGAGGAAGUUAGUACUACGUCAGACGCAGACGCUAAUAAGGGCAGCUUAAAGAUAACAAUUACCAAGCAGUCUGACAAGAUGCAUUCAAUUCUUAAGGUGUAUAAUCCUGAUGAUGACAGUGAAACUGUUCAGGGUCAAGAGGAGCCUAUACCCAAGUUGAUUAUCAAACCGAAAAUACAGCAGGUCGAGCAGCAGCAUAGUCCUAAAAUGUGCACACGUAGCUCCAAAACGUACUCGCCGACAGGCACGAGAUGUAGUAGUCCCAGGAUUACGAUAAAACCCAUUGUGAAAGCGGCUGAACCGAAGGCAGAGGCAUCAACGCCGAUUAAAAUUACUUUUAAGCCGGUCGUUAAGCCAGAAGAGACGACGACUAAAAAACAUAGUCCUAAGAUAUCAAAAGAAGGGGACCAAAAGAACCAAAAUCCAAAAAUCACAAUCAAACCUAUACCAAAACCAGCGGAAGAAGAUACUUCCACUGCUGCGAUUACGCCGAAAGUUACAAUUAAACCAAUUAAAAGGCCUUUGGAAGAUCCGGAACCCGAAGAGAGGUCCAGUCCGAAAAUAAUUAUUAAGCCUAUAGUUAAACCAACUGAGCAAGAUCAACCUGAACAAGCGACGCCAAAGUUGAAAAUUAAAGCCAUCAGGAGGCAAAAUGAAGAAAAUGAACUUGAAAAAGAACAGGGCAGUCCCAAGAUCUCCAUUAAGUCCGUCAAGCCUCCCGAAGAUGAAGUUGCGGAUGAAGAGGUUAAGGAAAGGAUAGUUUUAAAGAUUAAUAAAGGCAACUUGCCUACUCCUACAAAAGAUCCAAAGAAAAGAGAAUAUCCGGAAGAUGACAAAGCAGAGAAAGCCGGGAUAAAGUUGAAAUUUUCCACCACCGGAGGCCACACGCAUAUAGUGCAAGAAAAUGAAGAGAGUAAUAAGAGGCAAAGAAAGGACAGCGGAUAUUCUGGUAAAGAUUUGGAAGAAAACGUGUCCCAUAAGAGAGCGCUUGAAGAAAAGCUUCCAGAGAGAAAUAAAAGACUGAGAAAUACGCCUGAUAAACUUAAUGACAACAGUAACGACGUAAAAGUGCACGAGACGAAAAAUAAUUUGCCUCUGGAAAUGAGUGAAGAUUCUCGAUCUCAAAAUAUCGCCGACGUAACGCACGACGAAGAAUCGCCAUCGUUCUCGCGACACAUCUCCAAAAUCAGCGAUAUCGCGUCGAGAACGACGCACAUCCAGGCGGUACCGCAAGAGAUAACGGUCGGUGUCGCGACGCCGACGACGCUUACGCCGGUCUCUCUACGUGGGAAAAGGAGAAGACCGAGAGGACGACCACCAAAAAUGGCCUCCCAGUCGAGGCAGGAAUCAAUUAAAACGUCCCCGUUGACUCCUCAGACGCACACGGUGAUGGAAGAGGUGGUGUCGACGCCUCCCGUGAGCGACGUCAGGACGCCGGAGGCGACGCCAUCUCCCGGAAGGCCGAAACGCAGUUGUAGAACCACAAAUGUUAUAGCCGUCCUGGGGAUAAAACCGAAGAAAACUAGAGGUGGUCGAGGUGCCAAAGUUAAUAUGGGCGACAGGGAACCCCCACCGCCACCGCCGACGCCCGAGCUACCACCGAAACCCGAGAAGCCCGCAAAAUCAGAAAAGGAGGUGGAAAAGAACGGCGGAGGGUCAGAGUCGAAAUUAAUGGUCGAAGAGCCCACGGAGAGACCGAACCAACCGCAAAACAAGCCGUAUACAGGAGAUACGGAAACACCCACUGGAGAGAAAAAGGAAGAAACAAAACAUACUGAGAACGAAAAAUUAGUGGAAGUCGACUGCAAAUCUCCAGAAGAAAGUGAGAAGCCAACACCAGAAGCGACUGGGUUAAAGCGAAAAGCAGAAGAAAGUCCAGAUACGCAUCUUAAAAAGAAAAAGGAAGAUAAAACUCCUCCAAGAAAACUAGAGGUAACAACCCGAAGGCAAAAAGCCCAACAACAAAAAGAAGCAGAAGCCGCAAAAAUCCAAGAAAACGCUAGAGUUGAAACUAGGCGGUCCCAAUUGAAAAAAGACGAUUCUCCCAAAGUAGAACCUAAGAGAACCUCGGUAUCUCCCAAAGGAAAUCCAAAAAAACUUGAGCCUAUCCCCGAACCCACUCCGCCUAAACCUGGAAAAGGAAAUACAAAAAAAUCAGCAGUAGAUCCCACUGUAAGCCCCCAAAUAGAUGCCUCACUAGAUAAAACAGUCUUUAAAGCUGCCAGAAGAACUUCAGAAACAUCUGAGACCGAGGGUAAAAUCGCCAUAAGAAAAUCUAGUGUAGAGGCAUCUUCUGCAGAGCAGUCACCUGCCAAUACUGGAAAAUCAUUUAAAUCCGGUCCAAAGAAAUCCCUUGCUGCCGAAGAGUGUAAGAGCAUCAAAAAAGGUCCUAUCACCCGUAGAAAAUCAUCAAGCGUUGAACCGGUUCCAAGCACCUCAACUGCUCCAUUUGCGGACGACGAUAUAAUAGUUAUAUCUACAGAUGAUGAUGACUCGUGCGAAAAAAAAGUGAAUGACACAAUAAUUGCCAAACCAAAGGGAACAGAACACAAAGUUUCCCCUGCUAAAGAUAAAAGAGAUAAUCCUUCCGCACUAGUUGAAGCUAUUGUUAAAGCGAAAGAAGUUGAUAAUACACAUACUAUUCCGAAAGAUAAUUCAUCUUCAUUGGCUGAAACUAUUAUUGCAAAAGAAGCAGAAAGCACAGAUUCUUCUCCUGCUAAAGAAAAGCCCUCGUCUUCUAUUAAAGCCAAGGAAAAAUCGACUUAUCCCAAAAAAGUACCCAAACAUGAAGAACAACGCAUUGAGGCUGAUAAAGUAGCGAAACCGAUGGUAGUAGAAACCAGACGACAUAGUAAAUUGGCGGAAAAGAAGGAAAGCGAGGAGACAGAAGGCGAGGCGAUAAAAAUUAAAGAAGAGGGACAGAAUAAAGCCGUUAAGAAAAAGGAGGAGAUUGCCAAAGUGAAGAAAGAAAUAGUGUUCGAGGCCGUGGAUGUGAAGCAAGAAUUCAAAACUGAGGCCGAAGAUAGCGACGAGGACGAGAAAAAAUACGACGUGAAAAAAGAAGAGGAGAGCGACUCGGAGGAUAGCGAAGUCGGGAGAAGAAACGCCUGGGCUUUAAUGAGAAAACGCGAAGCCAUCAUAAAAUGCCGAGCCAAACGCAUGGAAAAACUCGCCCGUAUAGCCGAACAAAAAAAGAAACGAUUAGAGCAGGUGGCCCAACAAAGAGAGGCGAGAAAUCGUAAAGAAGAAGCGGAGAAAUCGUUGCAAAGCCGUGCGACAAAACGUUACGGCCGCUACGGAGAGCCGAAACCUCAAAUCUCUUUGAUAGACGAGCCGGUACAAGAAGUAGAGGGAACCAUAAAAAGCCGUAAAGGACUGUUCGAUCCUUUAACGGAGAAGAUAAAUAUCUGCCAACCGAUUGGCGUUGACGAGGAUGACGCCGCAGAGAAGACUCUAGAGAGGCAUCUGACUAAGGCGAAGUUUUCUGCGCCAGAGGCUGACACUGCAGAUAAUUCACCUAAAAAAGUCAAAAGUUUGGCCGCCGAAGAUGUGGUGAUGCUUGACGAGGACACUAGAAUGAGCGCGGACUUUAGGCAGUCGGCACCCAGUACUCCGGCGAAACAAACUAGUAACCCUUCGGAUAUUGUUGAGGAUUCUCAAGGUAGUUUGGGAACUGAAGGUGGCAAAUCGAGGAGCUCCAAAGGUCCCAAAAUGGACGUGUUCCAGGACCUGGAACAGUCUUUUACCGCCGACCAGUUGGCCGAAUACUCCUGGAAAGGACAGGGACCUUUUAUGAUACAGGAGCAAGUCAGUCACUUUCUGGGCAUUAAAUCGUUUAAAAGAAAAUACCCUAAUAUACCGAGACGACCAGUCGACAUGCAGGAGCGGGAUUAUCUGAAAGAAAACGCUAUGGUGACCGAAGCCCAAUGCGACUUGGGUCUGACCGCCGUGAUCGCCCAAGAUAUCUUGGAUAUAAUGUAUAGCGACUUUCAAGAUAAAUAUGAAGAGUAUUGCCGCAGCCAGAGGGAGAAGCAAGCGCGGGAAUUGGCGAAAAAACAAAAGGCUUUGAGUAUGACGGUGUUGAAGCCUGGAUUCGAUAAGCUGGAUCUUUUGGAGCAAGCUAUUCAGUCUGCGGCUUCCUGGAAUCAGCAAUUGAAUAAGUCUCGUCGUGAAGAAAGACGCACCCACAUGGACCUACAAACCUUCACCAUCCACUACCCAAAAUCGAAAAUGAAAGUGGUAAACACCCCCAAAAUAGGACACUACCCGGUCGCAUUAGUGCCCGGACAAUUCACCGACUAUUAUCACGAAUACACUCCCACAGAACUAAACAAUCUGCCUCUUAACACGAUGUGUUACGACGAAAUCAAACCGUAUGUCGAGUCGGAAUGUUCAGCGAGUAGUUCUGACUCGGGAUCCGAGCCGGAUUCCGACUCGUCCAGUUCGUAUUCGAGCUGCGACGACAAGGACUGUAAAGAUUGUCAGAGGGAAGACGGGACCGAAGGCAACGACACCAAGGAAACCGACUCGGACGUCGUGUUUAUCGAUAACGAUGCGAGCAGCAGCGAUUCGGUGGUUUUAGUGAGCGUUACUGCGCCACCUGCGGCCGUCAGUGCCUGACCAGGAAUGUCUUCUUUUAAUUUUCGGCUUACAAAGUCUUAGUAGAUAGAUUUUUCGUAUUAUUCCUCGUUACUUUUUUUCCACAAGGUAUUUUGUAGUUAUUUUGCAUGUACAGUGGCGGUCAAAAGUAUGAAAACCUUUCAAAUAUCUUCAUUAUAGUAAAAUGGUAACCGGGGGUUCCAGAGAUGGUAAUCCUUAAAGGACUGAUUCUUUUGCGUGAAUAAAUAUUUAUCUGGCCUCCUAUGCAAUUUUGGUUAAACAGGCCACGUGGGGCACACUUGUUUUGAUUUACAUUCAAAAACACAUUUGGUGUAGUCAGUUUUAUUGGCACUCAACAAUAACAUCAUUAAUAAAGAAAAAUCAUUAAUGUUUUGUCGAAUUGAAUCGACUUGCACCAAAAAUCGCCGCACAACUCGUCGUUUUCAAAUAUCUGGUCCUGAUUUGAAAGCUUAUUUUCCCAAAUUUUUCUAUCUGAAAUGAUUCCGGAGAUUCUCAACUGGAUUCAGAUCCGGUUCGUGAGAAGGCUACUCAAUUAAAGUGACAGAUUAUUCAGCAAGAUCAUUUACAAGGAGAGGUUUCUGCUUAAGGAGAUCUUGUUGGAAUAUCAUACGGAGAGGCUGUGAAAUUUGGUUAUACCGACAUUAAAGGAAACUGGUAAUUUCGUUGCUAUAUCCAAAAACAUAAUAGUUAAAACAAAAAGUAAAUAGUACUAGUACUAGGUAUACAGGGUGUCAAUUUGAAAAGGUACCACUCACAUUUUGAUUGCUUAUUCUGAACUCGUUUUGUACCUGCAAUGCUAUGCAGCAGACGUAAAUAACACGUGACAUCAAGUUAAGAAGUUUUCUUUAAGGUCUCUAACCUCCUUUUGCUAUAACCCGUAAAAUUAUUACAGGAAAUUAUUACAGCCGAAUCUAUCGUUAUUGUCGUCAUUAUAGCCGCGUAAUUUAUCGUACAAAAUAAGGGUUUUCCAAUAAGGGCGGGUCGAUGUUGAAAUGGAAUAAAACAAGCUGUAUCUGAGAUAUUAACAAAAUAAUUUUUUUUAUUUGAAAGGCCAACUUAUGCCAUUAUGUAUGGAAUAUGACAUCAUUCAAAUGUCCGCCGCGGCUUCUCACGGUGACUUGGAUUCGAGUGGUCCAAUUUUCAAUUACUCUGCUGCAUAGAUCCGGCUGAAUUUGAGCGAUGGCCUGGGUUAUGUUGACUUUCAGGGCAUCGGUGGAUUGCGGCUUAUUGGCAUAGACCUGGGACUUUAGAAAACCCCACAAGAAAAAGUCUAGCGGGGUCAAAUCGCAAGACCUUGGUGGCCAAUUUACGUCACCUCUCCGAGAGAUAACCCUGCCCUCAAAUCGUUGACGCAGAAUGUCCAUCGUGUCGUUCGCUGUGUGGCACAUAGCGCCGUCCUGCUGGAACCACAUGUCGUCUAUGUCCAUAAUGUUCAAUUCGGGCCAAAAGAAAUUGGUUAUCAUUGAUCGGUACCGCUCCCCGUUGACAGUGAUGGCCUCACCGACAUUGUUUUGAAAGAAGUACGGACCAAUGACGCCGCCGGCCCAAAAUCCGCACCAAACCGUGACUUUUUGUGGAUGCAUUACCACCUGGUGAAUCUCGCAUGGGUUGGUGUCGUCCCAUAUACGGCAAUUUUGUUUGUUAACGAAGCCAUUCAUCCAAAAAUCUGCCUCGUCACUAAAGAUGAUUUUUCGGCCAAAAUUAGGGUCAACUUCCAAACAUUCUGAAGCCCAGUCAGCGAACAAACGGCGUUCUCUAUGGUCAUUAACUUUAAGCUCCUGGGUCAGUUGGAUCUUGUAUGGGUGCAGGCCCAAGUCCCGACGCAAAAUUCGCCAAGUUGAAGUCUGCGAAAGGUUAAGUUCUUGUGCACGGCGAGGAAUCGACUGCCUCGGGUUCUCCUGAACACUUUCACGGACAGCGGCGAUGUUCUGGACUGAUCUGGCGUUCCUUUGACGUAUGGGAGUUGGUUGAUUGUUUAGCGAACCAGUCAUCUCAAAUUUGGCCACCAAACGUUGAAGAGUUGACUUUGAAGGGUCACCGCGCCUACCGUAUACUGGACGCAAGGCACGCAAUGUUUGCACUAAUGAACACUCGUUUUGAUAAUAAACUUUUAUCAUUUGGACGUGCUGCUCAAUCGUGUAACUUGUCAUGAUGAUUUGGCAUCAGUAACUGAAUAAUAAACAACAGAUUUGACAGAUGCGACCAAAACAACAUGGCCGCCACAAACAGUCAACAUCGGCCCGCCUUAUUUGAAAAACCCUUUAUAUAGUGAAAUCAAGAAAUUGGCAAAUUAUGUCGUUAUAACCCAGUCAUCAUCACAUCCGAAGUUGCUAUUAACGAAAUGAACUUGACUUAAUUAUAGAUAUUUUAUUGAAUUAAAUUUAUUUAAUUUAAAUUCAAUGAGUUUAUUAUUCACGUUGAAUAUACUACUAGAUGCUUCAGAUUUUUAAAGAAUCAAAGAGUGCUUAUAGUAAGCCUCAAUCCAUUUGUAACUAAUUAAUGCUUUUAAUGUUACUAACCUGCAAGUUUUUAUUAUUAAGAGCGUUUGCAGUCCUUGUAGUUUUACAGCAAUAAUAAAGAAUAAGUAGUUUCAUACUUUCGGCUAUCAUUGUACAUACAAAUGUUAUUUGUCCCAACACAACGCCCAUAUUUUGGUCGGAUAAUUUCUUUAAAUUAGCGUUAGAUUGUAUACGUUGUAAAAGUAUUUAUACCCCCUUAAGUUUAAGAUGAUUAUUUUUUAUAUAUAUAUUUUUUUUGUAUAUAAUACAUUUCUAUUUGAUAAUACUGUA